UUCGCUAUACUGUAUGUCCAUAUACGGGAUGACUUUAAUUUUGCGCCUGGAAAGCCCUAGAUAAAUACUUCAUCUGUGACCCACAUAAUAGCGAUAUUUCAGGCGGAGCUCUGACUCUUGUCACAAGCCGUUUCUCCACCGAGCACUCCAUGGUACGACUGGAGCUACAGAGCCUCGUUGCUUGCCAUCUUCGUCCGCUACAAGCAGCAGCUUCCUCUCUCAUUUCCAUCGAUCGCCAUCGAGAGAAAAGAGGAGCGGGAAGGGCAGCAGCACACGCCAAACGAUAGACGACUAAACGCCAGUGCUGCUGAGGCCAUGGCGGUGCCUUCAGCCCAAGAGUUUCACUGGCAAAGUCUAGCACGACUACCGAGUGGUCGUGUCUACCACUCUUUAUCAGAGGUGGGAGGGCAGAUGUACAUGAUGGGAGGCUGUGAUGCUGCAGGGAGGCCAUGCCCCACUGUGGAACUAUACUCCCCAGAGGGCGACCGAUGGAUAGGACUGCCCUCUAUGCCCACCCCACGUGCUGGAGCUGCUGUAGCAGCCCUAGGAAAGCAGAUCCUAGUAGUGGGAGGAGUAGGUGAAGACCAGAGACCAUUAAAGGUGGUGGAAAUGUAUAAUACAGAGGAAGGGAGAUGGAGGAAGAGGAGUGCAUUGCGGGAGGCCCUCAUGGGUGUGUCCAUCACUGUAAAAGAUGGACGUGCUCUUGCAGUAGGUGGAAUGGGUGCUGACUUGCUCCCCCGUAAUAUCCUUCAACAGUAUGACUUUCGUAAGGAUGUGUGGGCUUUACUUCCUCCCAUGCCCACCCCACGCUAUGAUGCCAAUACACAUUUAUUGGACAACAAACUUUAUGUAGCAGGUGGCCGCCAGUGCAAGCGGCCUGUGAAAGCCUUUGAGAUGUAUGACACUGAGACUCGCUCGUGGACAACACUUCCAAUGCUGUCAUGUAAACGCUCCUAUGCGGGUGUGUUAUGGGACGGUGCAGGGAGGCUGUGUUUGCUGGGAGGUCUGCGCCAGGGAGGAGGACAUCAGAGCUCCAAGUUUACCAAGAAUGUCAAUAUUUUUGACUGUAAUCAAGGUACUUGGCUGAAGUCAGAUGAGACAGUGAACUUGAAGACAAAGAGAGCUGACUUUGUUGCCGCUUUGCUGCGUGGCCGCAUGGUGGUGGCAGGUGGACUAGGUCAUGAGCCUUCUGCUCUGAACACAGUGGAAGCUUUUCAUCCUGUGAAGAAGAAAUGGGAGCAACUGGCCUCCAUGACAUUCCCCCGAUGCUCAGCUUCUUCCAUCGUCAUCAGAGAUCGCCUUCUAGUGGUUGGUGGAGUCAACCAGGUGCCCAGCUCGGCCCAUGAGAUUCUGUAUGUAAAAGAAGAGGAAUAUCUGUAGUUUGAUCCAAAAUGAAUACUGUACAUCAGCAGGAGUCCCCUUUUUAGUCACAGUGUAGAGCAACAUGAUUGUGAACCACUGCAGUGGGAACUGUAUUCCUUUCAUGCAGCGUAUGAGACAACACUGCCCCCGGUUGGGCUAAAAUAACACUGCAACCUACGUUGAGGCCCCAUCGACAGUACUGCAGAUGACAUUUUUUAUGAUGCAAAAUCAGCUUUCUGAGGAAGUCUUAUAAUAUUUCUACAUUGUACGUUGUAGUGCACAUGUUUUGUUGCUUAUGCCUUGUAAAGUAGAAACUGCUCUGCAGUGCUUAUUAAAUUUGUUACGCCACCGCAUAAAGGCCUGUUUUGUGCCAGUUAUCCUAAAUACAAUGUUUAAUAAAUCACGUAGAAGCUCUUUAACAAAAAUUACAUUAAUUAUUAAUUUUUUAUCACUGGCCAGUGACCAGUUCUGGGUGCACCACUUUCCUGCCUAUUAUUAUUACUAAUUAUUGUCACUGGCUUCUUAAUUCCAAUGUAAAAAAAUAUAUAUAUAUCCUGAAGAAUGUAAUUUUUAAAACAAUUAUUGGCAUGUUACAUUAUCAUAUAAUAUAUAGAUUUUGAUGGUCACUGAGGCAAAGAGACGGGGUGGUCUAAUAAAUUUGCAACGCACCAUAUUUAAGCUGAAAUGUUUUCCAUUGUUUAAAUGCAUGACAUCAAAAUUUAAAGCUGAAUAGUAUACAAUACAACACAACUAAUAAUUUGGAAACCAAUAUAGUUGGAUAGUGGACUCAACUGUCAUAUAACAGUGCCUAAAAUGCGGUCUGAUUUUGAAUUUGCACUAAAGCUGAACUUUUCAAUCAGUAUUUCAGUUAGUUCGUAACAAAACAUUAUUUCCACUUCCUUUUGUGUUGUAGCAGUGUACAUUUAAUAGUAGAUCAGCUUUAAUAUAAUUAAUUAACAAAGAUGUAAUUAAUAAGUAAUACAUUACAUUUUGCUUUUAGAUAUGGGCAAAUACGGUACAAUAAGCUGAUUGUUUAUUUAUUAUUAAAGCAAUACCAAUUUCCUAUUCUUUUCUGGUGGUGUGAAAUCUUGAAUUCUGGCCAAUAUUAAAAGCCCCGUUCAGGUUGUCACCAAUUUGAUCUUUGGCAGAGGUAUCCGGAAACAAAUUCGGCCAAGUAAAACCAGUUAUGACAUUGUGCCCCAUCAACUUCAAAGUACUACUUUGCAUAUUUUCUCAUGCCUCUGUAAAUCAUGGGCCUGAAGAAUCAUUGUCACUUUAGCCACUUGUACAGCCCGGGUCUGUUCUCUCUUUGUGUCUACUAGAUCGCAGUGAAGAGAUGCAUGAGUGAGACACCCAUUAAAGCACUGACGUCAUUAAUUAGAGGAAAUAAUCAUCCGAUUGCACUGCCCGGCAAUGUACGCAAAGUCAGAUAUGUCCUGGACAAUUGUGAAGACAAGACCACAGUUUUAUUUUUACUUAUUUAUCGAUUUACUUAUUGUGUGUGUAAUUUAUAGACUUUGCAAAGCCUUACAAUAAUAUAUAAACUAUAAAUAAAAUGUGACUCAGUAGAUUGCUGACCUUAGCUCUAUGCCAAACUUAAAAAAAAAGAAAUAAAAACAAAAGACAUUAAAAAUGUGUUGUGCAGUAUUUGUUUGUUUGUAAAUUCCUUUAAAGAUUGAUUAUUGGAUUAUAAUAAUACAAUCAUGUUUACAUGCGUCUACGUGUACUACAAGUAGGUUUACUUGCGUUUACUUGUAAUACAAGUACAGUGCCUUGCAAAAGUAUUCGGCCCCCUU